AACAACAAUAAUAACAACAAGAACAACAACAACAACAACAACAAUAUGGCCGAGGUAUACGACGACCCGAACAUGGGUGGCCAUUCCCAAGAGGAAGAAGAUGCCAACCUCAUGUUACCCUCUGCACUUGUCCAGCAAUAUCUCGACCAGGGCGAGCAUGCCGACAAUGGGGAUCCCGACGACGGAGAUAAUGACAACAAAGUUGUCGACGGAUAUCUCAAAAACGAAUAUCCCGGCAGUGAGGAUAUCCACAACCAAGCCUCCAGUGACAAAGAUGUCGACUUCAACGAAAUCGACUUUGGAUUUGACGCUGGGGACACUAUAUUUCCGUCGUCUCCGGACUCGGACCCGGGUGAAGGACUUAAAGAAGACGAUGAUCUGUUUGGCGACUUAGCCAAGACCUAUCUCGCUUCUCAACAAGAGCCUGGUCCUGCGGCUCCCGGUACCAUGUCCGCUCUUACUCUUCCGCAGACUGACCCCGUCGUAGCUGCCUCCCACCCUCCCCAGGCGCCAGAACCUGCAGUACCCGAGCCCGCCUUCAACCUCGCCGCAAUCGACCCUGCGAUCACCGGCGAGGUUCCCAGUACCGCCCAAGCGCCAACGCCGGCGGGAGUGCCCGACCCGCAACCACAUCACGGUCUACCCGAAAUCCCGACGACCCCGAACACUCGGGAUUUCGUCCCACCUCAGAAUGAGAUUUCGGGACCUGCUCUCGCGGCCUCAACCACCAACCUUUAUUAUCCUGAUGACCUUGAGGAUUUCGUCCCCGGGAUGGGGAACCGGAACCAGGGCCAAUACCCUCUUGGCCCCCUUCAAGCUCAAGGCAACGGUACUAGCCAAGCGCCGAUAGGGCAGGGAGGCUACAGCAACCAAUACCAGUACCGAAAGCAACCAUAUGGUAACUCGGCGUACCCUAUGCCGCCAGCCCAACCCAGCGGUGGGCAGUAUGGCAUGUACCCAAACAUGCAGACGCAGCGGCAGUUCACACCGUCAAGGGUUGUACCAUAUGGGCAGCGCACCGGGCCACAGAACCCCGGCUAUGGGGCUCAGAUGCCUCAGCACAUGCCCGGACCGAUGAAUAUGACAGGGCAAGGCUAUCCGAUGCCUUCUACGCAGGGUUCCGGGCGUUUGCCUGCCUACGGCCCCCAAGGCCCCGGGCCUAACCAGGCAGCCUACGCACGACCCAAUCUGCCAGGAACACAGGCCCAUCCUCACCCGCUUAACCGUGGUAGGAUGAGCCAUAGAAGGAGCCGUAGGGCGUCACCCAGCAACGACCCUUCCCAGUUCUACGGCAGGCCCGCAAAUCUGCGUGCGUGGGGUCCGCUGGUGACGGGCCACAGAGAACCGGAGAACUUGUUUCGAUACUACCAACACUUUGCCGAGCUGAGGCCUUCGCUGACGUUCAACAGGGAGCAGCUCAUAACUUUCUUUCUGGGGAACGGGCAUCCCAAUCCCCGGCGGAGCCUGACGCUGUGGGUUCAGAACGUGGCAGCCCAGUCGAACGCUCGGUACCCGAAUGGGGGUGCCUCGACCAAAUGCCGAUACAAGAAUUGCCCGGCGUCACAAAAGACCAUCAUGAAGGGCUUCUUUCGCGUGGCGUUUGACGAAUACUCGGACCUGACUGGCAACACGCUCGACCCGAUGCACAACGCGGGCUACAUGCACCUACACUGCUUCGAGUCGCUAUUUGACCUGGGCUAUCUUAUCCAUCACGGCGCCGCUCGCCUAGGGUUCAGGGUCCUUCCCGACAAGCGCAUCUUCAACCACGAGUCCAGGAACUGCGCAUCCAUCAUCCGGGAUCAUGGCGAAAUGAGCAGGACGUACGACGAAUGGGUCGAGGGGCAACGGCUCCGGGCUGGCCAUAUCGAGGACAUGAAUGCAAGAAGCGAGGUCGGCCAGCAGUAUAGCGGACUUAAGCCUUCACCCCAAAUGAUCCUUCCCCAUUCUCAGCGCCUCGGAUGCAAGCUCGUCGAGAAGCACCUUGCCCUUCAAGUCAGGGGUCGGGCGGCAACGCGGGACAACCGCGGUGGCCCUCACCUUGGGGUCCACAGGGGCGAUUUGGACCUGCUCAUGCAGCUGAAGCGUCAACGCAACAACGGGGGUGCUCUGGUACCCCAACCGGCCGCCACGCAGGCGCCAGCUGGUCAAGGUAAAAAGCGGGCCCACGACGACAGCGACGACGAAGACGACUACGACAGCGACUCGGACUGCUACGAGGUCAACGGCCCACCGUCCGACUCGAGACGGCCUAGGCAGCGACGGCGGUACGAUAACAGCACCCUGGAGUCCUCAAACUCCAGCGACCCCAACCAGGUAUACGGCGAGCCCGCGACCAAGGGGGGGAGGAAACGUGGCAUCGACGAUGUCGAAGACUCCUCCACGUUGCCCAACAACCACAACAAGCGAGCCAAGCAGUCCUACGAGACGCCUGCGUACCCCACCCCGGACAGCCAAAGCGCCGGGUACGACCUGUGGCUCGACCCCCAGUCCGCGUUCGAGGACAGCAUCAACGUGGCCUUUGGCGACGAGGACCUCUACGGCGUCUCCGAAAACGACGACAAGGACGACGACAACAACGACAACGACGGCACCUACAAGCCCCCGCGGCAGCAUCAGCAUCAGCAUCAGCCCAACCAAGCCUACCCCACCCCACCCCACACCACCACCACCAACAACAACAACAACAACAACACCUUCACGCUCGCGGACGGCGCACACACGCGCUCGCAAACCCGCGACGCAGGCUCCAUCGUAGACGAGCUCGCGGCACAAACCCACCUGACGCGCUCCUCAGCCCACGCGAUCCAGUCGCGGCUCGGGCAGCAGCCGGCACACGUGCGGGCGCGGGUGCUGGCGGCGGUGCCGCGCGAGUACGCCGCCUUGGUGCUGCCGCCGGGGGGCGAGGUGUAUAACGACCGGUUGGCGGAGCGGAUUGGGGGUUUGGAUUCCGGUCAGCGGAGGGGGGUGGAGGAUGCGGUGGCGCGGCAGGAGAUGAGGGGGAAGGUUACGGUGGGGGGGAGGAGGAAGUUGCAGAGUAUGUGAGUGGCUUGUUGCGUGCUGCUUGCUGCUUGCUGCUUGCUGCUGGGUGGGCUAUUAUUAUUAUUGGGGGGAUGGAUUAUGAAUGAGUUAUGAUGAAGAAUGGGGGAUACCUGGACCUGGACCGGGACCGGGACCUGGACUUGGGUUUGUAUGAGGUAGGAGUUUUCUCUUACUCUUACUCUUUGAGCGUUUGUUUGGCUGGGGAAAAGCGAGGGAUUCGCUUGUUUUUUUAACAUGCAUUGCAUGAGUAGAUGCAUGGGUAGAGAGCGAGGCGUCCGGAUGCAUUUAGAGCCCGACCUAGAUGGUUGUGGGAUACUUUAUUGUUGAGAAUAUAUGUGAUCAACAGAAUAUAAUUACUAUCUUGAG